UCUCACCUCACCUCAAGAACAAAGCGGGCGAAGUUUGGUUGAAGAACAAAAGACCUGAGUAAAGCCACGUAUGGAAAAGACUUGGAUGUACAAUGAUAGGGAUGUUUCACAUAUUUGUUUUUGACAACACCAAUGAGGUAGAAGUUGUGCCUUCCAUCUGGAUAAAAAAUGUAGAGUGCAUGUGGCCUCCAAAUAAAACUGAUAUAGCAAAAGCUAUAAAAUUGCAAGAAUGUCCUGGAGAUGAAUGGAAGCCCCAUAAGGCCAGAAUUAUUUUCACAUCCCAUGACUACAAUGAAGCUAGAAGAAAACUUCCUCAAGCUGUUGAUCACACUGACAUUGGAAGUGAUGGAGGGAACUCACCAAGUCAAUUUAAAAGAAAAAGAAUAAAGUUGCCCAAUGCUCCAAAGAUCGUCAGGCAGCACAAAAGUCCUGCAUUAGAACCAGUAAAGCAAAACAGCUCCAAGCUUCACCAAAGAAGCCACAGAGCUCCUCAGGUCCACCAAAAAGGCCACAGCGCUGCUGACCUCCACCCAAAAGACGACAGGACUACUGACCUCCAUCGAAGAGGCCACAGUCCUGCGCUUUUCCCAAGUGACGACAGCACUCCUGAGCUCCACCCAAGAGGCCACAGCACUCCUGAGCUUUACCCAAGUGACGACAGCACUCCUGAGCUCCACCCAAAAGGCCACAGCACUCCUGAGCUCUACCCAAGAGGCCAUAGCAGUCCUGACCUCUACCCAAAAGGCCAUAGCAGUCCUGAGCUCAACCCAAGAGGCCUCAACAGUCAUAAGCUCCACCCAAGUCAGCACUAUAGCACUAAUAAGUUAUCUUCAAGCAGGCACAUCAUCACCGAGCGCUGUACCUCGAGGCACGUCAGCCCUGAGAUUCGUCCAUUAAGGCAUGCCAGCAGUGAGAUUCACACGUCAAGCAACACCAGCACUGAUAUAAGUAGACCAAGUCAUGCCAGCAAUGAAAUUCUUAGAUCAUGCCAUGCCAGCUCUGAGAUCCGUAGACCACGUGCACCUUCUCUAGUCCCAUUGAAACAUACUGAGCCACACCAGUCCAGGGAGCAGACAUCUAGUUUGCAAACAUCCCUCCUGCGUAAUAUAUUAACAAAACAGGAAAUGAUGAUGGACCAACUGCGAAUCAUCUUCAAGACCCUGCAAAGUAUGAAAUCGACUGAUGAGUCAGAGACAGACCUCGCUCGAAAUUUAUUUGUUGCCACUUAAAGAUGUCAGUUCUCUUCAGGACAUGGAGGAACAACUGCAAAGUAAUCCUGACCUCCAAAAACAGUUGGUACACGCACUGGCUCUCAAAGGUGGGGUGGAUGUUCAUGAGUGCAUCUGGAGGAUUAUGCAUGGACUGGUUACUAACGCUUUGGCCAAAAAAAUCAAUAUGAGAGGAAUAAAUGGAAAAAUUGGUUUCCCGCGCUUACGGGAUGUUGUGAUUGCGGCUGUGAGGCGUAACCGCCUGACGUCUGCGGCCACAGAAAAGGAAAUCGAUUCCACCAUUAAGAGAUGGCUAUAUCUGGCCCCGGAUAGGGAUGUGGCAGAAGAGAAAGGAUGAAGAGAAAAGAGCGUCAGGAGAGUACCACUGGUUAACA